AUGCUGACCGCCGCAGUGCUGCGCACCCAACCCUACUCUUCGUUUGCCUCAUACCGCCCUUCGUUUGCAGCAGUCUCCCGCACGCCACUCUCGCAUGUUCAGUCCAUCUCUCGUCAAACCCGUUCCGCCAGCAGCGUCUCGCAUAACUUGCUUGCCAGUCUGGAGAAGACGGCCAACAACAACCCCCAAAGCGCUACUGCCCAAAACGCCUUCUACUCUGCUCUACUCCGCGCCGGUCACCACGAUAUCCUAGUUGAGCGCUAUGAUUCUGGUCGUUAUGCUACAAGUCCCUCUGUCGAUGCCCUCUACUCGCGUGCCAUAGAAAAAGUCGGUCAAUCAGAAUCCGGUGGUUCUCACUCUGACGAAACUGCUCAAGCUGCCGGCCAGGCUGUUGCUGCCACUGGUCGUGGUGGCAACAUCUCCGUCUCCCGUAAAGGCAGCGGUCUUAAGAAAGAACCCCUUUACGUUGUUGUCGACGAGUCACUGGGCUCCACUAUUUUCAAAUGGGUCAAAUUCUUGAUGGUCUUUGGUGUCACCUGCUACCUCUCUCUGGUCCUUCUUACUCUCUUCAUCGAUGCGACCAGCGUCAUUAAGAAGGUUGGCGGAGCUCAAGACGCUCAGGCUAAGCCAGAAAUGCAAAAGACUCGCUUCUCCGACGUUCACGGCUGCGACGAGGCAAAAGAAGAACUCCAGGAACUCGUCGAAUUCCUCAAGGCUCCUGAUAAGUUCUCGACUCUCGGUGGAAAGCUGCCCAAGGGUGUUCUUCUCACUGGCCCUCCCGGUACUGGUAAAACUCUCCUUGCUCGCGCUGUCGCUGGCGAGGCUGGUGUUCCCUUCUUCUACAUGUCUGGUUCUGAAUUUGACGAGGUUUACGUUGGUGUCGGUGCGAAGCGCGUUCGCGACUUGUUCACCCAGGCCCGUGGAAAGUCGCCCGCUAUCAUCUUCAUUGACGAACUUGAUGCUAUUGGCAGCAAGCGUCACGAACGUGAUGCCGCGUACGCAAAGCAAACCCUGAACCAACUCCUUACUGAGCUCGACGGUUUCGAUCAAGAUACGGGAGUCAUUAUCAUCGGUGCCACUAACUUCCCUCAGUCUCUCGACAAGGCUUUGACCAGACCUGGACGUUUCGACCGCAAUGUUGUUGUUGGCCUGCCCGACGUUCGUGGCCGCAUCAGCAUUCUCAAGCAUCAUCUCAAAAACAUUCGUGUCGAUGGCGAGGUUGACGCUUCUGUUCUUGCCCGUGGUACUCCUGGCUUCAGUGGUGCCGAACUCGAAAACAUCGUCAACCAGGCUGCCGUCCGCGCAUCCAAGAACAAGGCCAAGCGUGUGACUAUGGACGAUCUGACCUGGGCCAAGGACAAGGUUCUCAUGGGUGCCGAACGUCGUUCUGCUGUCAUUCAACAAAAAGACAAGGUCAUGACUGCAUACCACGAAGGUGGUCACGCUCUUGUUGCUAUGCUCACAAAGGAAACCACCCCUCUCUACAAGGCUACUAUCAUGCCUCGUGGCCACGCUCUUGGUCUUACUCAAAUGCUUCCCGAACUUGACAAGGUGUCAGAAACCAGAGCAGAAAUGAUGGCUCAAAUUGAUGUCUGCAUGGGUGGCAAGGUUGCUGAGGAACUAAUCUACGGACCUGAUCAAGUUACCACUGGCGCAUCUUCUGAUAUCCAGAAUGCCACUCGUAUCGCCCACAUGAUGGUGACACAAGCUGGUAUGUCUGAGAAGCUCGGCAACGUGGACCUGAAUAGCGACUACGCUCGUCUUUCAUCCGAAACGAAGCAACUCAUAGAAAGCGAAGUCCGCAGACUCGUAGAAGAAGGUCGCGAACGCGCCACAAAACUCCUCAACGACAAUCGCGAAGGACUUGAACGUUUGGCAAACGCGCUCGUCAAAUAUGAGACUUUGAACAAAGAAGAGAUGGAAGCAGCUGUGCGGGGAGAGGAACUGUCACCGAAGAAGCCAAUGGCGGAUCCAGAUGUUCCUGUUAAGAACGUUCCGGAGUUCCCUCUUCCUCCCACUUUCGGUGUGCCACCUUCAAUAGGUAGCGGCAGUGGUCCAGGUGGUGUUCCCAGUCCUCGACCUGCUGGUGGUAAUGAAGACGGGCCUUCUCCUUAUCCCAGUGGUCCUUAG